AAAUCGAAACCAAUCUGUACAAUAAAAAAACAAAAAAAACCGUUAGAAUCGGCAAAGUCUCCAUUUUAGCCCCAGAGUCCGGAGCAGACCUCAGCCAACCUCCACACUUCAACCUACUGGACAAUGGCUCUUCAUCAGCAGUCUCCUUUUUACAACCCAAGAAUCCCCUUCACUGGAGCAAUCCAUGGUGGUCUGCAGGAGGGGAAGACGAUUACCAUCAGUGGACGAGUCCUGCCCGGAGCAGACAGGUUCCAUGUGAAUUUGCAGUGUGGUUCCAGGACCGAUGCGGACAUUGCGCUCCAUAUUAAUCCCCGGUAUAACACUGACUAUUGUGUGGUUACCAACACCCUCUACAAUGGCACCUGGGGCGCUGAAGAGAGGAAGAAAAACUCUAUGCUCCUCGCUGGCUCUCCCUUCAGCCUGCUCAUCACAGUCGGCCGUGAUUCCUUCCAGCUGAAUGUCAAUGGCAGUCACUUCAUGGACUACAGACAUCGUAUUGCAUUUCAGCAGGUGGACACCAUCGGAGUAGGUGGGAAAGUAGAAAUUUCCUCCAUUGCCUUCCAGGACUCUAUGUUCCCUGGACACAUGGUAUUUCCUGCUCAGCCUGCAUAUCCUACACAUGUAGCCUAUCCCCCCCAGGCUGCCUUCCCUUCUGGUCCGGCGUUUCCACUUCUCCCUGGAUUCCCUGGCUUUACUCCUGCAAUGCUUGCCCUUCCAUUCAGGAGAGCCAUCAAUGGUGGACCUGGCAUGACCAUCAAUAUCCAGGGGACUGUUCACCCCAGAGCCACACGGUUCCAUGUGAAUCUUAGCUAUCACUCUGGCAUCGCUUUGCAAUACAAUCCACGUUUCAGUGAGAACGUUGUGGUCCGAAACACCAAGCAGGGGGAGAAGUGGGGCACUGAGGAGCGCGAUGGAGGGAUGCCCUUCCACCAGGGACAGCCUUUCACGUUGACCAUGUGUUGUGAGAAUAACUCCUUCAGGAUCAUGGUCAAUGGGAUCCAAGUACACACUUACAACCACCGUUUGGCUCCGCGCGGACACAUAUCCACUCUGGAGAUUGAAGGUGACAUCAGUCUGACCUCUGUGAUGGUGUAGAGAACCCCGAUCUGUGGCUGGCAACUCAACAUCUUACCCACAUAGUCACCACAAAACCACAACUUGUUGCAUUCAUCAUGGAAUUCAUUCUAAUUGAUUACCUGGGUAUUUACUAGAUAUUCCAUUUUUACUUCCUGCUUUUUCAAAACACAAAUAAUCAUACUCUCAUUUUUGUAUUAUUAUUGACUAUACAUUUCCUGAACACACAGCAACAAAUUACUAUAUAUAUGUGUAUAUAUAUAUAUAUAUAUAUAUAUAUAUAAAGCAGUUACUCUGUCAUUUACUGAUAUCAGACUGACUUCGGCUAAGAAAGGGAACUGGGUUCAGUGGGUUUCUUUAAAUAAAUAAUUCAAUGUUGUAAAGUUCAAUUACUUCUUAACUGUGUAAUCAUUAAUGCUUUGUGACACUGAUAUUAAAGUUAAAUUUAACAA